ACAAAAAGUUGAAGAAUAUCUGUCAAGAAAGAAGACCUUUUCUGGUGUGCGCAUUCAAGAAAAACAGGCAUCUUUCAGCAGUAGCAGAACUGGGAAAGCAACUAGCAAUAAACUGCAAGACAAAAUACAGGCCUUAAAAUCUGCAAAGCGAAAAAUGGAAGAUACAGAGAAUGCUGAUAAAGUUUCCUGGGACCAAUCAAGCAGAACCUUAGAAGAAAAUGUUAUUUUAAAGUCUUCUACAAUCACUCUGGCAAAUUCCACAUUGGGGAAAAGCUAUAAUCCUGAAGAUUUUACUUCCAAGGAUGAAGCCGCUGAAAUAAAACCUCAACAUGUGUCACUUAGCCGGUCCUUCUUGCAUGUCAAAAGCAUAAAAGAGAAGCAACUGAUUGCAGAAAAACAAAAUUCAAAUGUCAGCCUACCAAAGAAACCAGUGCUCGGUACAUACCGUGGCAAAGUUAUCCAAUCCAAGAUAAACUCCUUCCGAAAAGCACCAAAAAGUGAGGGGGGGAAGAGUUCUUUGCCAGACAAGAAGCCUCUUAUUUCUGCCACUAAACCAUCAGUGAGAUCUCUCUCCACAAGCAACUGCAAUGUAGUUAUGAAGACCAUCAAAGUCACAAACUCCCCAAAUUCUGUAAAGCCAAAGGGUGUCCUCCCAUUCCCGAGUAAACCAGCUAUCAAAGCUAACUCACAGUCCAGUCUGAAUAAGCAACAGUCAACGUCUGCUGUAUCACUAACAAAAGUAACAGGCCAAAAGGUGAUUGGUAGAAGGGGACCAGUGCCACUGAGGGCCACUUCAAACAGUUCUGAGCACAAAAUAUUAGGAGUGAGGAAACUUGCAGAUUCCUGUGAAGAUGCAAGACCAGAAGCUACAGCAAAAGCAAUUUCUGUUGUUCCUGUUACUAAAUCAGGACAGGAUUCUAAAACUAUUUGCAACAGAAAAUCUCUUCUGCCAAAAGAGUCAGCGGAAGAGAGAAGAGUUCGCCUGGCUGAAUGGAGGGCAUCUAAAGGAAAAGUGAUGAAGAGACCACCUCCUUCUGUGUUCCUGGGAACCCAGUCUAAAAGUGAAGCACAGGAAUUCUCUUCUACUGAUGAUUCUUUAGAGCAUUUAUUACAUGGUGAAAAAGUCAACAAGACUCUCACAGAAUGUCUGCAGUUAACUGAACAGGGAAGUCAAGGGGAUGAAGUACGUGCCAUGUUGGAAGAUCUGAUAAAGAAUAUUCCUGGGGCUAAAAAGCUUGCGAAAUAUUGGAUCUGCUGUAUGCGUCUUGAACAGAUGGGCCCUCUUGAAAAGCUCAUUGUUGUCUAUGAGGAAGCCAUUUUGGCAGGAGCAAUGCCUAAGGAUGAGCUACGAUGUGCGCUAAUAGAUAUUAUGAAAAAUACUGAAAGCCUGCUUAAGUCUGAGGAUGGGGGAGCUGUGACAGAAGCUCAUUUAAGUGAGAUAGCAGAAGUCAGCAAGGAAGCUAACUCAUUUGCAGAGCAGGUUCAGGAGGUCUUCAAGGAUCUCAACUCAGAGGAGGACCAGAAAGCAGAGAGAGAUGACAAGAAGGCAGAGACUAGCAGUGAAGUGAUCAAAAAUGAAGAAAUGGAUGUGGACUUGAAACCAAGAGAAGAGAUCUUGCCAAAAAAGAAUAAAAAGCACAAAACUAAAGAACGUACAAAGAAGUCAGGAAAAUGCGAAACAGAAGAGCAGAAUGAAGACAGGGUAAAAGAUGCAAUCCAAGCUCUUAAUUCUCCUGAUAAAGAGAAUGAUGCAUCUUAUUUAAUGAAAUAUAAUCUAUCUACAGCUCCUUACUUGGAAAGUAUGAAGAUGCACCAUGAGGCAAAUGACUUCAAUGCUAAAGACCUGAAAAUUGUAACCCCUUUGCGAUAUUCUCAACGUAUUCGGGAGAAGAUGUGCAAGUUGUCAGAUACCGUUAAGGAUCAUGAUCCCUAUGUGUCUUCACUUGAGCAGCUGGGAGAAAUGGGAUCAAAACCCUAUACCCAGAAACAGAACAAUGCACUGGAAGAAACAAGCUGGAAAUGGUAACUGUGGAACAUGGCUACAGUCCUGAGAGACUGGAGCCCUGGACGUAAUCGUAGUCGAUUCUGGAAAGUGAGCUGAAAUAUGCGGAAUGUUGUAACUUUUCCCAUCCAAGGAAAAAGUUGGAUUUGUUUAUUUCGGUAUGCGAGG